AUUAUCAUUGAGAGCAUUGUAAUCCAUAGAGUUUCUCUUCCUCAAAACCUUUAAACCCUUUCACAAAACACAAUCCCUCUCUUUUGUUCUUUUCCGGCGAAACCCUCACCGGAUUUUACUCUCCGCACAACUUUCUCGGUUAACGUUUCAUUGCAUCGAUGUUUACGCCGCAGGGAAAGGCGUGGCCCGCCUCCGCGCCGUUCACGCCGCACCGAGGAGGUUCUGCGGUGGCUUCUGCCUCCGCCAAGGGCAAGGCGGUUGACGCCGAUCCUCUGCCGCCGCCGCCGUUGGGGUCUCUCACCGAAACCACCGUGGCGGUGGAGUUGGACGCCGGGAACGCUGAGGACUGGAAGCGGUUCUCGGAGUUAGGGUUGCUGGAUGAGGCCGUGAUGCAGAGGAAGGACAGGGAGGCGCUCUCGGAGAAGGUGUCGAGGCUCGAGAAAGAGCUUUUUGACUACCAGUACAACAUGGGCCUCCUGUUGAUUGAGAAGAAAGAAUGGAAUUCAAAGUUUGAUCAGCUGAGGCAAGAACUAGCUGAAAGUAAGGAGAUUUUAAAACGAGAACAGUCAGCACAUUUAAUUGCAUUAUUUGAAGUUGAGAAGCGAGAGGAAAAUUUGAGGAAAGCAUUGAGCACAGAGAAGCAGUGUGCGGCUGAUCUUGAGAGAGCUCUGCGUGCAAUGCAAGAAGAGCAUGCCCAUGUCCAGUCUUCCUCCCAUACAAAGCUAGCUGAAGCUAAUGCAUUGGUUAAUGGAAUUGAAGAGAAGUCUUCUGUGGUUGACAAGAAACUGCUUGAUGCAGAAUCUAAGCUUGCUGAGAUAAAUAGAAAAAAUGCAGAGCUGGAUAUGAAAUUACGAGAGGUGGAGGUUCGUGAAAGCUUGCUUCAACAGGAGCGAUUGUCUUUAGCUACUGAUCGAGAAUCAUUUGAGGCAACAUUCUACAAACAAAGGGAAGAUUUGAAAGAGUGGGAAAGGAGGCUACAGCAAAGAGAAGAUAUGCUAUCUGGUGGUAGGCAUAAUCUUAGUGAGAAAGAAGAAAAGAUAGUUGAAACUGAGAAGUACCUGAAGCAGAAAGAGAGAGACCUGGAAGUGUUGGAGAAGAAAAUUGAUUCAUCUAAUUCUUUAUUGAAAGAAAAGGAAGCUGAGAUAAUUGGAAGAGUAGCAGAUUUAGAUGUAGAAGAGAAGAAAGUGGAUUCUUUAAAGAGCAUGCUGGAGUCAAAAGAGAAAGAAUUACUUGCUCUGGAACUAAAGCUUAGUGCUAGAGAAAGAGAGGGGAUUCAGAAGCUCCUUGGUGAACAAAAGUCUACUCUGGAUUUAAAGUUGCAGCAAUUUGAACUUGAACUGGAACAAAAGCAGAAAUCUCUUGUUGAGGAGUUUAGGAGCAAGGAGGAAGCCAUGGAGCAGAGGGAAGUUGAAGUUAACCAUAGAGAAACCAAGGUUAGAAAAGAAGAGCAGGCCUUGAAUAAGAAGGCUGAGAGAAUAAAGGAUCAAAAUAAGGAGAUUGAAGCAAAGUUGAAAUCUUUAAAGGAGGAAGAAAAGACUAUGAAAAUCAAAGAGAAAGAGUUGGAGAAGGAAAAACAACAACUACUUGCUGAUCGGGAGAGCCUGGAGAAUUUAAAUGCUGAACUUGAGAAGGUAAAAGCUGAGAUUUCUCAGCAGGAGAUGCAAAUAUGCCAAGAGAGUGAGAAUUUGAAGAUUACUGAAGAAGAGAGGUCAGAACAUUCUCGUUUGCAAUUGGAACUAAAACAGGAGAUAGAGCAUACCAGAUCGCAGAAGGACUUUCUUUUGAAGGAAGCUGAAAACUUAAGGGAGGAGAGACAGAGGUUUGAGAAAGAGUGGGAAGUGCUCGAUGAGAAAAGAGUGGAAAUUACUAGAAAACAGCAUGAUUUAGAUGUGGAGAAAGAAAGCUUAAGAAAACUUCAGAACAGUGGAGAAGAAAGAUUGAAAAGAGAGAAACAACAUAUCCAAGAUCAUAUAAAGAAAGAGCUGGAGAAGCUUGAAUUGGAGAAGGAAUCAUUUCGAGAUUCAAUGAAUCAAGAGAAACUUCUUUUGUCCGAAAUGGCAAAAAAUGAAAGGUCACAAAUGCUACAAGAUUUUGAAUCGAAGACGAGGAGUCUUGAGAAUGAAAUUCAGAAAAGACAUGAAGAAAUGGAUAAAGACUUUCAGGAAAGGGAGAGAGAUUUUCAGGAGGAGAUGCGAAGAGAGCUUGAUAAUAUUAAUAUCUUGAAGGAUGCAACUGAGAAGGAAUGGGGAGAAGUGAAGGCUGAGGAGAUUAGGUUAGAAACUGAAAGGAAGGAACUUGAGUCAAACAAACAGCAACUGAAGUCAGGCCAACGUGAGAUGCAUGAAGAUUCUGAAAUGCUUAUGAAUCUCAGUCGGAAGGUUAAGAAGGAACGUGAACGCCUUGUGGCUGAAAGAAAACAUUUUCUUGAACUUGUUGAGAAGCUAAGGAGUUGCAAGGGCUGUGGUGAAGUUGUUAGGGACUUUGUUGUAUCUGAUAUUCAGUUACCUGACUUUAAGGAAAGAGUGGCCACUCCCUUGCCUAUCUCUCCUGUUCUGAAUGAAAAGCCUCUUGAUAACUCCCAGGACAAUGUAGCUGCUUCUGACUUUAACAAUUCUGGAUCUGUAAGGUCUGUGUCUUGGCUCCGAAAAUGCACAUCCAAGAUUUUCAAAUUGUCCCCAAGUAAAAGAACAGAUGCUGUUGGUGCUUCAGACAUGGCUGGGACAUCGCCACUGUCAAAUGUGAAUGUUAGCGUAGAAAAUGUAGAUGACCCAGCAUCGCUUCCUAAUAUAGGAGCUAGAGUUAUUCCUGAAGAACGGCAACCAGCAGGUGGGAUAGCACAUCACUCUUCAGAUACACCACACCUCCAAUCUGAUAACAUUGUUAAAGAGGUUGGUGAUGAAUACUCUCUAUCCAUAGGCGAUCAUAGCCGUGUGGAUAGUUUGGUAGAUGGAGAUCCAGGUGAUUCUCAGCAGUCAGUUCCAAAGGGAGGUCGGCGCAGACCUGGGCGGAAAAGCAAAUCUGGAAUUGCUAGAACACGCUCAGUGAAGGCUGUUGUUGAAGAGGCCAAGGAGUUCCUAGGUAAAGCCCCAGAGAGAAUAGAAAAUGCAAGUUUGCAGUCUUUCAAUACUGAUCCUAUCAAAGAAGACAGUCGAGAAGACUCCAGUCACACUGAGAAAGCAAUUGGUAACACUAGAAGGAAGCGGCAACGGGCACAGACUUCUAGGGUUACAGAAAGUGAGCAGAAUGCGGGUGAUAGUGAAGGACACUCAGAUAGUAUUACAACUGGUGCACGUAGGAAGAAGAGGCAGACGGUUGCUCCACCUGCACAAGUUACUGGGGAGAAACGAUACAAUCUCAGGCGGCAUAAGAUCAGUGCGGGCAAAGAUUCAUCAACACAGGAUUUAUCUAAUAGAACAAAGGGCGUGGAGAAAGAAGCUGCUGGUGGUAAAUUGGAGGAGGAAAAAGGCCCUGAAGUUGUUGAAACUUCAUCUGUAGUAGCUGAAGACAGUGUACGAAACACAUCACUGGUGCAGACUUCUAUAGUAAAGACUGUGGAGUUAACAGAUGAUAGAGUUGUUAGGUUUGAAGUACCAAGAGAUAUUGUUGAUGACAAUGGUGCUGCAACUGACUCUCUGAAUCGUGUGGAGGAAAAUGGUACACCAGAAUAUCGAGAUGGAGAUGGAAGUACAAUCCAUGAUGUUGAAAAUGAUGAUGAUGAAGAGGAGUAUGAGGAGGAAGAAGAAGAGGAACAUCCGGGUGAGGUGUCUAUUGGAAAGAAGAUCUUCAGAUUUUUUACAACAUGAUGGAAGUUGUUAUAUCUCAUUGAUAUCACAUCACAGUAGAUAUGCUAAUGUCCUCAUUCCUUAUUUAGGAGAUUAGGCAUGUAAUAUUACUUUGGAUUUAGUUUCCAUGUUUGUUUUAGCAUUUAUUACUGGCAGAUGAGAAGCAUUGUUCUGCUGCCUUUGUUCUCAAUAACUGUUCUUUUGCAUAAUAGAUUAUGCUGCUUAAGAAAGGAUGGAUAUAUUUCUUAAAAUUGAACAAAAGGUAUCUUUAUUACGUAUUCAACUUCACUGUUGGUUGAGAAGAGUGCUUGAAUAUUGUAAACUUAAUUCUUAUGGUUAUGGGUAAUUUUUUUUAUGACGCCAAAACAUUAUUUGGAGAAGAGUAAUGGUGUUGAUGUAAAGCAAAGUUAUACAUCUUGUAUAACAUUUAUUCGGUGUA